GAUUCUGCAAAUAAAAGAAUGGGUUACGCCGUUACACUGUUCACGGCUAAGAACUGUGCCGUGUAUUAUCGCGCAGGGUUAUUUAUUUGGUGUUAAUGGAUCGUGAUGUACAUAAGAAAAUAUGUAGGCUUUUGUUUAUGCUCAAAGUGUUGCUCUGACGUGAAGUAAAUAGCAGUAAAUAACGUACAAGUGUAAAGAGGAGUUCAAGUUUGCAACAGGAAGAGAGUAGGAAUAGGCGAAGGACGGCAAUUAUCAUACUGUGCACGAAGAAUGAGUGUGCCUCGGAGAUAUUAUCUGCAUUGAAGAGGAUCAUAUUGCGAGUCCAAUCGUGUAACCUCACGUUGCGAGAAGCUUUUUCUAUAAUCAAAUAGCUAAGAAAAUUUAGCAAAACGGAGUGCCGCAAGAGUGCGAAGCUCCGUGUUAAGAUGAGCCUCAGUAUAUCAAAACUUUUCUCCAAGAAGAAGAGCACAACAGACAGCGUAGCUGAGAUUGGUUUACCUACGAAUGUCUCCCAUGAAUUUCAUGUAAGCAAGAAUGCUGUUACAGGACAAUUGGAGGGCCUACCUGACCCCUGGAUACGUCUACUCAAUGAACAGAUCUCCAAAUUGGAGCAGGAUCAAAAUCCAGCAGCAGCAUUACAGGCUAUUAAGUUCUAUAAUUACUCUAUCAAAAAGAAGCCCCAGGAAGAAGUCUUUAAGCCAUUUGUGACGGAGGAUCUUAUAGAGGAGGAGUCUCAAGAGAUAGAUAAGAUUCUUGCUAAAAAGAAAUAUCAAUCGGGAGAUUCUGAUGGUUCUACCUCUGUUAGUUCUACAGAUAGCCAAUUGCAGAGGCUACCAGACCUGCCUCCAAAGACUUAUAAACCAAAGUUAGUACCAAGAAAGAACAUUGACAGAAUAGAGAAAACCUUAACAGAGAUACUUGAAGAUUUGAAUGCAUAUCAAAUUGAUGAUAAUCGUAUGCCUGAUGAGAUACACCAUCCAGAUGAUGAAAGUCCCAUUUUACGCAGGAAGACAGAAUGCUCUGUGGGAAAGUUAUCGGAUGAAGAGGUAUUUGAAGAAAUCAGAAGAAUCUGUCAUCAUGGGGAUCCCAACAAGCGUUUUGAAAGGAGUAAAGAAGUUGGUGCUGGAGCAUCAGGUACAGUUUUCAUAGCUACAGACAUUUCUAACGAUCAAAGGGUAGCCAUAAAGGAUAUAGAUCUAUCCAAACAACCAAAGAAGGAACUCAUUCUAACAGAAAUUAAGGUUCUUAAAGAAUUUCAGCAUCCAAACCUUGUCAACUUCCUUGAUGCGUAUCUUCUUCAAGAGCACCUAUGGGUUGUGAUGGAGCUUCUCGAAGGUGGUCCUUUAACGGAUGUGGUGACUGAGACUGUAAUGAAGGAAGCACAAAUAGCAGCAGUCUGUCGUGAAGUUCUAAAAGCUAUAAGUUUUCUUCAUGCCCGAGGAAUCAUCCACAGGGACAUAAAGUCUGACAACGUUCUCCUAGGGAUGCAAGGAAACGUCAAGGUAACAGAUUUUGGUUUCUGCGCCAACAUCGUCGGUGAUGAAAAGAGACAAACCAUGGUUGGCACGCCAUAUUGGAUGGCACCAGAAGUUGUCACAAGGAAGCAAUAUGGCAAGAAGGUUGACAUUUGGUCCUUAGGCAUAAUGGCUAUAGAGAUGAUCGAGGGCGAACCACCAUAUUUAAAAGAGGCACCACUUCGUGCAUUAUAUCUGAUUGCCGCCAUUGGUAAACCAUCGAUUCCACGAUGGGAUACGCUCAGUCCUACACUACAGGAUUUCCUGGAGAGGUGCUUGGCUGUGGAAGUAGACGAGAGGGCAACAGCCGACGAAUUAUUAGCACAUCCUUUCUUGGAGAACUGUGCAGACCUUUCCACCCUGACGCCAUUAAUUAGAGCCGCCCAGCGAAUGCUGCGCAAAGCAUUUUAAAGUCCAAAGAUCUUUGUUCUGGCGUACCGAUCUUUACGUUUAUCUAACGAAAGUACAUACUCUUGUUCUUUCCAUUUUAUUUCUUUUGUGUUUAUCUACCAUUUUUGCAAUUUCUCUACAUGCGUGCACGGUUAAUUCGCAAAAAUCAAUAGAUUCCCUGUUAAAAAAAGUCAAUUUCCAUGCAAUUACCAGGAUUUAAUAUAAUCUGGAUAGUUUUACAUGUAAACAUGGUUCAAGGUAUUGUUUGCCAAGUAAUUACUCGAGUAUUCAUGUAAUUUUAACAAAACUUUACUACAAACUGUAGUAAUGGCCAUUAAUAUGUUUCGUUUCCUAUUUUAUUCAAAAUCGAACAAGGUGCAAUACGCUGAAACAUGCGUCUUUGUUAUUGUCAAGCGUUAAAUGGACGUUAGUGCAAUUUACUUUUCUUCUUUAGUCUGUUGCAAAGCGUGAACAAUCAUUUAAUCUUAAGACUGACGUCUGUAUACAUUAUACAAAAAGAUGAUAUUUGUGCUAGACUUUGAGAAUAAGUAACGUACUUAUCUCGGUAGUGGCUGGUGGUGUUUAAAUAAGGAGAUAUGGGAAAUCAAUUGCGUCAGUGACAAUUUUCGCUAAUCGAGAGUUCAAUUUCAAGCUUUCAGUUUUCUACAAAAUUUAUAUCCGAACGUCAUUUUUAUUGCUCCAAAAAUACAUAUAUUAAUUGCGUGGGAUGAAUAGUUCAAUAUAAAUGGUACGAUGGAUUUUCAGUAUUUUAAUUUAAUAAUAUCUUUGAAAGUCCAUCGUUCCUUUUCUUUCCAAGUAUUUUGUGAUCCGUAGAAAAUUUGACAUAAGCCGCCCUAAAGCAAAAAUGUAUUACGAUAAAGAAGUAUUAUUACAAAUUGAAAGGACCAAACGCUGGCAAAUCGCCGCAACCUUUUUUGUAAGUUUUAUAGCGAGAAGGAAGGAGAGCAUUUAGAUUUUAGAGAGAACUUUUACUAAAUCUUUGUAAAAGAUAUCUUUUUAUAUUUAACGAAUGAUCCUCUGUGUGCCUAAAGAGCAUUAUUUUGCUCGACCAUCUAGAACCUAAAUUGUAUAACAUCUUAAAUAAUAACAGCAAUGUAUAUAAUUCUGUUUACAAACGAUAAAGGAAUAAAUCACAAUUUUUCUCAAAAGUAA